AUGUUAACUGGACCAAAGGAAGGUCAUGCGCCGAUCGAACUUCCCGUCUUGGCAGAACUACUUAUCUACAAUUUAGGUAGCUCGGUAUUGACCGACGAACCUAUCCCAUGUCCAAUCCUCGAUCGUUUGCCUUAUCCGACCGAGGUGGUUCGUCCCACCAGACCGAGUUUGGUGCCGUCUAUGGGAAGGAAAGUAAACUUCCCAAAAGAUACUCACAGAGGUCGGACUAAGAAAAAACAGCGCUACAUUAGAAGAAGGAAUGUCUCCUCAGAGAAGAAAGACCUCCUCAGAGGAAGGAAUACCUCCUCUGAAGAAAGAAUACCUCCUCAGAAAAGACAAAAAGGUAUCUUCAAGGAAGGAAGACCUCGUCAAAAGAUGGAAGGUCUCCUCAGAAGUAGGAAGACCUCCUCAGAAGAGAAUGAAGAUCUCCUCAGAAGAAGAAAGACCUCAUCAGAAGAGAAGGAAGGACUCCUCGAAAGAAGGAAGACCUCAUCAAAAGAGAAGGAAGAAAUUUUCAAAGACGGAAGACCUCAUCAGAAAAGAAUGAAGGUCUCCUCAAAGAAGGAAGACAACCUCAGAAGAAGGAAGGUCUCCUCAGAAGAAAGAAGGCCACCUCAGAGAAGAAUGAAGGUCUCCUUGAAAGAAGGAAGACCUCUUUAUAAAAGAAGGAAAAUCUCCUCAGAAGAAGGAAUAACUCCUAAAAGAAGGAAGACCUCCUCAGAAAAGAAGAAAGAUCUCCUCAGAAGAAGGAAGGUCUCCUUAGAAGAAGGAAGACCUCCUCAGAAAAGAAUGAAGGUCUCCUCGGAAGAAGGAAGACCUCCUCAGAAAAUAAGGAAGGUAUCCUCAAAGAAGGAAGAUCUCCUCAUAAGAAGAAAGGUCUCCUUAGAAGAAGGAAAACCUCCUCAAAAAAGAAUGAAGGUCUCCUCGGAAGAAGGAAUACCUCAUUAG